AUGAAAGGUGAGUUAAGACAGAGUCAGAUAAGUGAAGGGACCAGACAGUCUAUGGAAGGUGAGUUAAUACAGAGUCAGAUUAGUGGAGAAACCAGCCAGUCUAUGGAGGGUGAGUUAAUACAGAGUCAGAUUAGUUGGGAGACCAGACAGUCUAUGGAAGGUGAAUUAAUACAGAGUCAGAUUAGUGGAGGGGCCAGACAGGCUAUGAAAGGUGAGUUAAGACAGAGUCAGAUAAGUGGAGGGACUAGACAGUCUAUGGAGGACAGUCUAUGGAAGGUGAGUUAUUACAGAGUCAGAUUAGUGGAGGGACCAGACAGUCUGUGGAAGGUUACAUACAGAAAAGACUUAUUUGCAGCACAGGGUAUACUAAGAGAAAAUCUGUCAUUCAUUUUCAUUGAGGAAGAAAUAACAAACCAAAGAGAUAAUAUCAUAAGUUCCAUCACAGAAGAAAAUCUAAAGGUGUCCUCAGAAAAGUCUCCAAGCUGCUCUGAAUUUGGUUUUGUCUUUUUUUUGUCACCCCAGAGAUUGGAAUCAGACAUAGCAACAAAGAUUGAUAACAUCUCUGUAAUGAUGAACAAAAUUACAUCACAUCAAUAUGAAAAGUGUUCUGACUGUCCAUGUAAUGAAUCAAUAUCUGAGUCUACAAAGAAAGAAGAUUGUGGUUGUUAUACCAAUACAGAUGAAACAGAAGUCAUGGUUUGCUCUAAGUGUUCAUUUCUGACCAAGAAAACAAUUGUACUGUUGCAUGAAAUUAACAAGUUAUGCAGAAGUACUGUAGUUGAAAACACAAGAGAGAGACUUCUAGGGGCCAGGCUUCCUGACAAUGUGUUCAUGUCUGUAAUUGUUUUUCAUGAAGAUUCUGAGAGUAGGUAG